AUCCCACAAUCCAAAACAGACGAGCCUUACCACGCACAUGCGUAAAUACAGUAUUUGUCGUGUCCUCGCCAGGAAGAGAAAAUACACAUGUUUACCUGGUGUGUAUUUCAGAAACUUCACAUUGGAAUUCGAUAUGCAAUAACAACAAAAUGUCUGCUAACAAGAUAUUAGUAGACGCUGUUCGAACUUUGACAAGAGGACAAGAUGAUGCCGAAGCAGACGUUGAGAACAGCAAGAGAGGAGUGACAGUCAGUAACAUAGAGAGAUGGCUGGUGACACAGAAAUAUUACUUAACUAAAGACGAGUUUAAGUGUCCUCUCCAUGUUAGUUUGCAGAAAGAAGUAAGCGCGGGAAGACUCGAGAAGCUGACGUCUGGUACCUAUGUACUAUCAGCCCAGCAGAUCAGCAAGGAUAAAGCUGUUGCGAUUAAACAAAAGGCCCUACUGAAAAGAAGUAUAUCGAAUCCGGGUGGAAAAAGGGGGAGGCCAUCAAAGAAAAAGCAAAAAAUGAAACAGAGUGCGUAUGAUGACGAAGAUUGCCCUGUAGACCCUCCCCAGCCAUCCGAUCUCUUGAAUGAAGGAAAUUGUGAUUAUUGUCUACAGACAGCAGAAAACAACAAGAAGGGCGAGCAGGAAGAAUUUCUAGUCUGUAAAGAUUGCAGUGCAAAAGCUCAUCCAACAUGUAUGGGAUAUUCGAUUCUACUCUCUAGCAGAGCGAGACUGUAUCCCUGGCAAUGUAUUGACUGUAAGACGUGUUGUCUGUGUUUGGAUGCUAGUGAUCCUGAUAGCAUGUUAUUUUGCGAUGCUUGUGACAAAGGUUACCAUAUGAACUGUCACACACCUAAAGUCACAGACAAACCUUCAGGGAAAUGGAUAUGUUCUGAAUGUGCAGAUCAAGGAAUAACGGACGCGGACCUUGUAGAAGACACAGAGACAACAGAUAAUGAAAACAAAUCGGGCGAUACUAGUUGCAAUUACCCUACCCCUUGUGAAUCACCAGUUACAGAUCAGGACCCGGAUGUAAGAUCUUUUUUCAAAAAUGAAUCAAAAGUGAAUGGUAUUUCGUCAAUACCCAAAGUAGAUAAUGGUAAAUAUCCGGAUGCUUCCAAAUGGACGACAGAUGACGUCGUUCAAUUCAUCAUAUCGGUGGGAUUCAAUGAUCAAGCCGAGGCUUUUAGAGAACAGGAGAUAGAUGGACAGUCAUUACUUUUGAUGAAGAGAAGUGAUGUUUUAACUGGACUUAAUAUUAGACUAGGACCGGCUCUAAAGAUAUAUCAACAUGUGUUGAAACUGCAAGCAGUCGGAUUAGAUAACUCACUCUUCUGAAUAUGAUGUGCAUGCAUGUUCUAAUAAUGAUUUAUGACAGCCCAUUGUUUUGUUUUAGAUUUUGUAAAGGGUAAAUUU